AUCUAUGUGAGAGAGUGGGGAGAUAGGCGGUAUUUUCCAAGAGCUUUCGCCCGAAUUGAGACUUGAGGGGGUUAAAGAUGGCGGCGAUUCUGCAGCAGAUGCUGGAACGGCCUGAGCUGGCCAAGCUCUCCAAAGCCGUCCAAAACAAGCUCGAGAAGUUCUUGUCAGACCAGCAGUCUGAAAUAGAUGCCCUCAAAUCCCACCACGAGCGAUUUAAAGUAGACAGUGAGCAGCAGUACUUUGAAGUGGAGAAGCGACUGGCUCAGAGCCAGGAGAAACUCGUAUCAGAGACUCAGGAACGCCAAAAUCUCCAGGAGGAGUUCACCAAGCUCAGUGCAGAGCUGAAGACCCUGCAAGAGCAAAAGAGAGAAUAUGAGUCCUCAGAAGAGAGAUUUUCUGCACAGCAGGCUCACCUCACCAAAGUCAAAGAUGAACUGGAGGCUGAAAAACGAGAGUUGGUCCGAACACUGGAGAAAAGGUCCCAGGAAGUGGAGCAUCUAAGUGAGGACCUUAAACGUCUCAAUGACAAGCUUGUGGAGACGAAUACUGCAAAGAUGGAGUUCCAGUUAAAGCUUGAUGAGCUUCAGUCUUCGGAGGUUUCAAUCAAGUACCGGGAAAAGAGGAUGGAGCAGGAGAAAGAGCUCCUACAGAGUCAGAACUCUUGGCUGAACACAGAGCUGAAGGCCAAGACUGACGAGCUGCUCUCUGUCUCCCGAGAGAAAGGCAAUGAAGUUCUGGAGCUCAAAUGCAACCUGGAGAAUAAAAAGGAGGAGGUUACAAGACUUCAAGAACAAGUGAACAGUCUGAAAUCGUCAAACGAAAACUUUCAAAAGCAAGCAGAGGACUUGAUGAUGAAAUUGAAAGAGGCAAAGGAGCAGCAGGCCAGCAUGGAGGAGAAGUUUGGCCAUGAACUGAAUGCCCACAUAAAGCUGUCCAAUUUGUACAAGAGUGCAGCAGCAGAUUCAGACUCUAAAAGUGAGGAGCUCAACAAGGCUGUGGAGGAACUUCACAAGUUACUGAAGGAAGUGGGAGAAGCAAAGAAAUGCACAGAAAUGAGGCUUUUAGAAGCGGAGAAUGCAAAAGAGAAGAUUGAAGCAGAGCUGAAAGACAAGAUCAGAAAUAUGGAGAAAGAGCUAGAGAAUGCUAAUGAUCUGCUCUCCAAUGCCAAGCGAAAAGGUGUAGCAGCACUUACUGAAGAGGAGCUGACAACUAUGUCUCCUACUGCUGCAGCAGUGGCAAAAAUAGUGAAGCCUGGGAUGAAACUGACUGAGCUGUACAACGCAUAUAUAGAAUCACAGGACCAGCUUCAGCUGGAGAGACUGGAGACCAAGCGUUUGAACAAGUACCUGGAUGAGAUCGUCAAGGAGGUGGAAGCCAAAGCGCCCAUUCUGAAACGCCAGCGGGAGGAAUACGAGCGAAUGCAGAAGUCGGUGGCCAGUCUGUCGGCCAAAUUGGAGCAAGCCAUGAGAGAAAUUCAUAGGCUGCAAAAGGAAACGGAUGAGGCCAACAAGCGCUCCUCUGUCCUGGAGAGGGACAACCAGAGGUUCGAGCUGCAGCUCACAGACAUGUCUCAGCAGAUCCGCGUGUUGCUGAUUGAGCUGGAGGAGGCCCGGGGGAAUCACGUCGUUCGUGAGGAAGAGGAGGUGAGCUCUGCUGACAUCAGCAGUUCCUCCGAGGUCAUAUCCCAGCGCCUGGUCACCUUCCGAAACAUCGAGGAGCUGCAGCAGCAAAACCAGCGCCUCCUAGUGGCUCUGAGAGAGCUUGGUGAAGCACGGGAAAAGGAGGAGAUGGAGACCACCUCUUCCAGGGUCACGGAGCUAGAGCUGAGUUUGGACAAGGCCCAGAGGGAGCUGGAACAGCUACGAGAAGCCCGCAGUCACCAGAUGCAGCUGGUUGAGUCGAUCGUACGCCAGAGAGACAUGUAUCGCAUCUUGCUGGCUCAGACAACUGGAGUGAGCUUCCCUGUGCAGGGUACUGUGCAGGAAGAGCUUUCUCUGAUGUCCACCCCUCGCCGUUCCCCUGCGGUCACUCCCACUGUGUCUACUGCAGCACAGGCCUCUACAGCAGAGCCCGCUGAAGUGAUAGAAGCCAAGGCAGCACUGAAACAGCUGCAAGAGGUGUUUGUAACAUACAAGAAGGAGAAAGCCGAAAAUGAUAAAAUGCUUAACGAGCAGAAUGAAAAACUGCAAGAGCAGAUGUCUGAGCUUCGUUCCCAGAAUGCCAAAAUAUCCACCCAGCUGGAAUUUGCAUCCAAGCGUUAUGAAAUGCUACAGGACAACGUGGAUGGUUAUCGCCGGGAGAUUGCUUCAUUACGUGACAAGUGUCAGAAAAUGAUGACCACCACCCAGAAACAAGAACAGAUCAUCCACACUAUGACGCAGGAUCUGAGAGCUGCCAAUGAGAAACUGGCUCUUGCAGAAGUAAGAGGUGAAAACCUGAGAAAGGAGAGAGACAUGUUGAAGUUGGUUGAGUCGAGGUUGAAUCAGGAGAAGGAAUCCAUUCAGGCAGAACAGAGAGGACAAAACCUGCUUCUGACUAAUCUGAAGUCCAUUCAGGUGACCCUGGAGCGCUCUGACACCGAGAUGAAACAGCGCCUCAAUAACCAGAUUGAGAAGCUGGAGAGAGAAAUCACCCAGAUGAAGAAAAAACUAGAACAUGAAGUGGAGCAGAGGCACCUGCUCAGCAGAAACCAAGAUCUGCAGUUGCUGGAGGCUAAGAAGCAGCUGGAAACUCAGAAUGCCGUGCACCAACAAACCAAGGAGCUUCUGAAGAAUGCUGAGCAAGAGAUCAACACCUUGAGACAGCAGCUCAGCAAUGCUGAAACCCAGCUGGCUUCACACGCAUCACAGGGCUCAGGCACCUCAGGUGCUCAGGGCUCGGAGCAAGAUCUUGAGGAGCUGCGUGGACGCCUCAGGCAGGCGGAGGAGCAGAGCGGAGACCUGAAAGAACGGCUGAAAAAUGCAACUAGCAACGUGGAGCAGUACAGGGCCAUGGUACUUAGCCUUGAGGAGUCUUUGAGCAAGGAGAAACAGGUGACUGAAGAGGCUCGUUCCACUAUUGAGAUUCGUCUGAAAGAGUCUCAAGAGUACCAAGUGCAGCUAGAGAAGAAGCUGGUUGAAGCCGAGAAAGAGAAGCAGGACCUGCAGGAAGAGAAACGCAAAGCCAUUGAGAAUCUGGAGCAGCAGAUGAAUGAUCUGAAGAAGAACCUCAGCAACAUCCAGGCUGAGCUCCAGGAAGCUCUUCAGAGAGCAGCUGUAGCAGCAACCCAUGAGCAGCAGGCUAUGCAGGACUGCCAGCAGCAGGGUAAGUUGGCUGCAGAGGCUCAGAACAAGUAUGAGCGAGAGUUGAUGCUGCAUGCGGCUGAUGUGGAGGCCCUCCAGGCUGCUAAAAACCAAGUGGCCCAGACCUCUCAGAUGCGCCAGCAGCUGGAAGACCGGGCACAGAAAGCCAGUUCCCAGCUCCUGGAGGCCAAGGUCUCCUGGGAGGAGCAGGAGAGAAUGCUGAAGGAUGAGUUAACUAAGCUGACGUCCCGUUGUGACGAUCUCCAGAAACAGAACAGCCUCCUGCACGAACAGGUUGAAAGCAUCGGCAACAAGAUGGUGGCCUCUGUGCAGCACGUGGCACAGGACAGCCACCUCAACAUCUCUCUGAGCGAGGAGGGCAAGUCCCAGGAGCAGAUCCUGGAGAUCCUCCGGUUUGUGCGGCGCGAGAAGGAGAUCGCCGAGACCAGGUUUGAGGUGGCCCAGGUGGAGACGCUGCGGUACCGGCAGAGGGUGGAACACCUGGAAAGGGAGCUGAAAGAGCUGCAGGACAGUCUGAACGCAGAGCGGGAGAAGGUGCAGGUGAGACCAGCGAGCCUCCAGCGGAGAGGAGGCCAUUCUUACAUCUUACAUUCUUGCUUACAUGGUCGUUUAUCAGUACGCAAGCUGGAGGCCGACAUCAUGCCUCUGCAGGAGUCGAAUGCCGAGCUGAGUGAGAAGAGUGGCAUGCUGCAGGCUGAGAAGAAGCUGCUGGAGGAGGACAUUAAGCGCUGGAAAGCGAGGACGCAACAGCUGGUGACACAGCAGAAAGAUACUGAUCCCGAAGAGUAUAAGAAACUCCACUCUGAGAAGGAAGCCCAUUUAAAGCGCAUUCAGCAGCUGACUGAAGAGAAUGGUCGACUAAAGACGGAAAUCGCUAGGACAAAUGCUUCUUUGACUACGGCGCAGAACCAAGUGCACAGUGAAAGGGAGAACCGCGCCAAAAUGACAGUAGAGAAGGAGGCACUGAAGAAAGAGCUGGAUGCCAAACUGUUAGACAUUCAGGAAAAGCUGAAAACCAUCACGCAAGUGAAGAAAAUUGGUCGCAGGUACAAGACUCAAUACGAGGAGCUGAAAGUGCAGCAUGACAAGCUGGUCACCGAAGCUGCUACCCAGCCAAUACUGGAGCAGGAAGCCCAACAGGCAUCAGCCAAUGAAAUCCAGGCUUUAAAAGAUGCUCUUGGACAAGCAGAGAACAAAGUAAAGGAAGUCGAAGGACAGGUUGAGAACCUCAAGAAGAUGGUAAGCGAGCAGGAGGCAGAGAGGAAGAGUUUGCAGGAGCAGGUGACCAAGCUGGAGCAGAACCUGCAGGAGAAAUCCACCCAGGAGGAGCAGCUGCGCCAGCAAAUGGCCGAGAAAGAGGAGAAGACAAAGAAGGCCUUCAUGGGGGCCAAACAAAAGAUCAACCAGCUUAUUGGUGCCAAGGAGCAGCUGGCGAAGGAGAGCGAGGAGCUGAAGCAGCAGAGGGAAGAGCUGGAGGUGCGCAUGAACGCCCUGAAGUCGCAGUACGAGGGGCGUCUGUGCCGGCAGGAGCGCGAGCUGCGGGACCUGCGGGAGCAGCAGGAGAGGCACAACGAGCAGAGGGAUGAGCCCCAGGAGCAGCCCUGCAAGUCUCAGGAGCCACAGAGGCCACCUGAACAGAGGCAGAUUACCCUGAAGACCACGCCGGCAGCAGAAAGGGGGAGCGCUAGCACUUCAGAGCCUCCCACGGCCAACAUAAAGCCUACCCCCCUUGUUGCAACACCCAGCAAAACCACGGCCAUCCCCGGAAACAAGGCCACACCGAGAGCCAGCAUCCGUCCCAUGAUCACGCCAGCGACCGUCACGACGCCGACCACCACUCCCACGGCCACCGUGAUGCCAACCACCCAGGUGGAGACACAGGAAGCAAUGCAGGCUUCUGAAGGACCCGUGGAGCACGUGACGGUGUUUGGUAGUGCCAGCGGAUCGGUCCGCUCCACAAGCCCAAAUGUCCAGACCACACUGUCCCAGCCCCUCCUCAAUGUGCAGCAGCAGCAGACCCAGGCAACUGCCUUUGUGCAGCCCACUCAGCAGAGUCUGCCCCUUCUUGAACCAGCCAGCCAGGAGCCAGCGCCUACCUUGGUGGAGGCUGUGCCCAGUGCCCCGAUCGAGAGACCUUCCACCUCUACAGCAGUCUAUGGAACAGUUGCAGCUACACCUGGCACUUCCUUACCCAAGAGGCCCCGAGAGGAAGAGGAGGAGAGUGCCCCUGACAACACUGAGAGCAUGCAAGAAGACCCUGCAGAUCCUCCAAUUUCAAAGAAACUGCGAAUCAUUCAACGGGUUGAACCAGAGGAGGAAGUUGUGGCAGAAGAAAGUACUGAUGUUGAAAUAGAAGCUGCAACAGAGAUCCAGGAAUCCCAGGACCCUGAACAGGUGACCGUGGAGGAAGGCUAUCCCGUGUUAGAGGACGGUGAUAGGAUGUCUGUCCCAUUGGAGCUGGUGCACCAGCCGGCGGAAAGCCAAACUGCACAGGAAUCCCCCGAGGAGCAGCAGCACGAAGUCAUUGUGAUUGCGACCGACAGCGAGAGCGAAGAUGAGGAGAAUGAGGAGGAGGGGGAGCAGGACUACGAGGAAGAGGAGGAGGAUGAGGAUGAAGAUGAUGACACGGGGAUGGGGGAUGAAGGCGAAGACAGCAAUGAGGGAAGUGGGAGCGCAGACGGCAACGAGCCUUACGAAGGAGAUGACACUGAGGGAGCUGAAGCGACUGAUCCUGGAACUGAGACGGAAGAGAGUUUAGGAGCAGGCGAUACCAACCAGAGAGCAGCCGACACUCAGAACAGCGGUGAAGGGAGCAGCAGCACCACGGAGUCCACCUUCUCCAGCGAGCCCCCCCGAGAGCAGCCGCAGCCAGCUGCCUCUACUGCGGAGCGCCAGGGCCCCCGCCCACCGCAGUCGCCGCGGAGACCCCCACACCCGCUACCCCCCAGGCUGACCAUCCAGGCUCCAGCACAGGAGCUGGGACCACCUGCACAGCGCAUUCCUAUCCGCCGCCAGUCUGUAGGGAGAGGGCUUCAGCUGACACCUGGCAUAGGCAGCAUGCAACACUUUUUCGAUGAUGAUGAUAGGAUGGUGCCCAGCACCCCAACACUGGUCGUGCCUCAUCGUACAGAUGGAUUUGCUGAAGCUAUUCACUCUCCUCAGGUUGCUGGUGUUCCCCGGUUUAGGUUCGGCCCUCCUGAAGACAUGCCACAGAGCAGCUCCAGCCACUCUGACCUUGGACAGCUGGCUUCCCAAGGAGGUCUAGGAAUGUACGAAACUCCCCUGUUCCUUGCAGCACACGAGGAGGAGUCUGGAGGGCGCAGCGUUCCUACCACUCCACUGCAGGUAGCGGCUCCAGUUACAGUCUUCACUGAGACGCACACCUCAGAUGUAUCGGAGAACGCCUCCCAGUCUGUACCCAUGGUAACCACGUCUACAGGAGGCUUGUCCACCCCUGGAGAGCCUGGCCAGGGGGACGAUGGCGAUGAAGUCUUCAUGGAAGCAGAAAAUGAAGGGGCCAGUGCCGAGGCCUCCCUGGAGUCGGAGAGCCAGCCUGAGUUAGAGGAGUCUGCCCAGCCAUCUGAUGAGGCCAGCCUCCCCUCCACCAGCCAGGACCCACCCUCCAGCUCCUCCACAGCAGACACGAGCAGCGCGCAGCCGAAACCGUUCAGGCUGGUGAACCGACAACCUCAGUCCAUACGGACAGAGACACGAGGGCGCCAGAUAACUCGACAAAGAGGUGUAAGCCAUGCAAUGAGUGGAAGAGGCCGGUUCACCAGAGGAAACAUGAGUUGACUGCUUUGUAUCGCCGCUGUCAGCAGUACCUGAAAUCGCAGUCAUCGUUUGUUUGUGGAAAUCUGCUUAGACGUGCUUAAAGCAUUGUUUUGUACUUCUAAAUUUUGUGAGUGAUCAUUAUAUAAAGCAAUGUUCUUUUUUUUUAUUAAUAAAAUUGACAAA